AAGGCGGGGUGGGGUCUCGUGUUUAUGGGAAUUUGUGUAGCAUACGGGAUCGAAAUAUUGUAUCUGAAAUUUAGAAACGACGAAGAGGGCGUCAAUAAAUAAAUCGACUGCCUUGCACACCCAUUUUAAAAUCUAUUCAGUGCAUUCAGAUUGGACACAAGAUCCAGUACUUAGUACUUUCAACAUAUAUCGUUAAAUACUUUAAUUUUAUCGAGUUAAUCUGAAACUGUUUAACGUUUAAGCGAAAGAUAUAUUACAAGUAAAGAAAGUAAAAUAUACAAGUAAAAUAUACUUAAAAGUUAAAUCUGUAUUGACUACAUAAUUCGAUUUGCUUUCAUUUCUAAACGGCAAUACUUCCUUGGAAGCUCGAAUUCAGUUUCUGGAAACGGACCUUAACAGAUAGCAUGUGGAUACACGUGGCCAGCAUCUUCACCCUUCACGUCACCACUGUGAUCCUUCUCCUCAUCGCCACCAUCAAAAACGCGUGGUGGUAUACGGACACGAUGGCGACAGAUGUGUGGGGAAGGUGGAGAAUGGUGGGCAGAGGCUGGACAUACAGUGAACUGCCUGGCAGUUACCCUGACGAGCCACUCCAGGUUGUGCAGGCCACCACAGUGCUAGCCUGUUUGUUUUCCAUCCUGGGCCUUUUCGUGUACGUGGCUCAGCUCUUCCUGCUCAGAAAGGGGCAGAAGUUCAUACUCUCCUGCGUUUUCCAGCUCGUCUCCUGUCUCUGUAUAAUGAUAGCUGCGUCUGUCUACACGGCCACCUUCCACAAGGACGAGGACGGCUGGUACGGCCCUUCCUACGUCCUGGCGUGGAUUUCCUUUGUCCUCACCUUCAUCUCCAGUAUCUGCUACUUCUUCCUGCUCAAGACGACCACCGAGUCAUGAAAAGGUCGGGGCAAAAGGAAGGCAAAGAAUACUUUCAUAAAGAAUCCAAGAGUAGAUAUUAAAAUUACUAUAGGUUCCUCAGUCUCUUAGUAACUCGCUGGUUAGUUGAGUCACAAAGGAUAAAGAUCUGAAAGAGGAGAUGAAAAUAUACAGCGUAUCAAGUGUAUUGUACCAAUAUGUUUUUCUUGGUGGAAGAAACAACUUCCAUCCAUUUUAGAACAAUUGUAGAAAUUAAGGGAACGUGAUGAUGGAGGAGGUGGCAGGUUACGUAAGGGUUGCAAACAAUGAGAUGGUGCAAAGAAUUAACUAAAACACAUUGUAUAUAACAAACGUUACUUAGUGAGCGUACGGUACCCCAGGACUGAUCAUCCUUUGAACCAACUUCUGUACGGUGGUGUUCAUUCAUUUGGUAGAAGAUGAAAGUUGAAUUAUGCAUGUGAUUUUUGGUCAUGUUUUCAAGGUAUGUUUAAAUGUGACACUGAGGGCAUUAUAGGAGCACAAAACAAUGGCUUUCAUAAAUGGCACGGGCAAACCAACCCUAGUCAUCAUUAAUCAUGUGCCACGAUUAAUAAGUGGUCUGUUGGAGGGAAGCAACAUUUCAUUUAGUUUCACUUUCUCCCACCCUCACCCAUACAGGGGUCAAUAAGCCUUGUUUUUUAGAAACUCCACAAAGUCUAAAUGUUGAACUAAAUGGCAGCAGGCACAGCAGACUAUGACCGGGUUUCGGAAAUUCAAUUGCUCUCGCUGAAAAUGAAACUAUGGUCAAUGUUGGUGCUUGUGUGACUGGCAGGGGUGAUAAGUGUUUGUCAUACUCUUUAACAUUCCACGAAACCCUGCUCUACGAGAACAGUUCCAAGUUUUCCAUUUGAGAUGGAAGCAUGACAGAGCACCACCAAGCUGUCGCAAUGUGUACUACACUAUUGUGUAAUAAGUCACUGGUAGGUAGCAUGGAACAUUAUUGAUAGGAUUUUGACAUAUACAUAAUGCUGAAAUGUAAUUUCAAUGACUGUAUUUUAUGAGCCAUAUAUUACUUUACAUAUAUAUAUAUAUGAUCAGUCAGGCCAAAAAACUGUACUAGAUAAAAAAUAAUUCAGGUAAAACAGGACAACUAUGUUUAAGCACGUUGUGGUACAUGUAUAUAGAAUUUGUUUUCUAACAUUUUUACUGGAAUUUUAAUCAGUGUAAAUUUGCAUAACGUAUUAUGAAGUUUUUUUUGGAGAAAAAGAUGUUUUGCUCAUCA